AAUAAAACCCAGCCUGGACGGGGUGGCUGCUUCUCUACAGACUCGAGGUCGAUACAAGCAGUAGUUUCACAACAGAACCUCUCCAUCACAAAUCCCAAGCGACAGAAAUAGGACCAGGAGACCGUCGUUGUUCAUCCGAAGUCAUGGCAUCGUCCUGUUUCAUCUCUGCACUAUCGCCGACACGGAAGCGUGGAGUUAUGGCUGAAAAGCCGCUUGAUGCUGGAUGUGUGACAAUUGCUCUUGAAGACACCGUGUGCAAUGGAGGGUCCCAGGAUGCACCUCUCCUCACCACACACCUGAAGAAGGUGGAAAACCAUAUCACUGAGGCCCAGAGGUUCUCUCAUUUGCCCAAGCGUCCAGCUGUGGACAUAGAGUUCACUGACCUCUCCUACUCUAUAAGGGAGGGACCAUGUUGGAAGAAAAGAGGAUACAAGACUCUUUUAAAAUGCCUAUCUGGAAAGUUCUGCAGUCGGGAGCUCAUUGGCAUUAUGGGUCCUUCAGGCGCUGGCAAGUCCACCUUCAUGAAUAUUUUGGCAGGAUACAGGAAAACUGGAAUGAAAGGGCAGAUCCUUAUAAACGGGCAGCCUCGGGAUUUGCGAACAUUCAGGAAGAUGUCCUGUUACAUCAUGCAAGAUGACAUGUUGCUGCCUCACCUCUCAGUACUGGAAGCCAUGAUGGUUUCAGCCCACCUUAAGCUGAAGGAGAAAUUGGAAGUGAAAAAGGAACUGGUGAAUGAGAUUUUGACAGCACUGGGACUGCUAAAAUGCUCGAACACCCGCACCCUCUCUCUGUCUGGAGGACAACGCAAGCGGCUAGCCAUCGCGCUGGAACUCGUCAACAACCCUCCUGUUAUGUUCUUUGAUGAGCCGACCAGUGGUCUAGACAGUUCCUCUUGCUUCCAAGUUGUGUCGCUGAUGAGGUCACUAGCUCAAGGUGGGAGAACUAUCAUCUGCACCAUUCAUCAGCCCAGUGCCAAGCUCUUCGAGAUGUUUGACAAGCUCUUCAUCGUGAGUCAAGGACAGUGCAUCUACAAAGGGAUUGUUCCCAACCUCAUCCCCUUCCUGAAGGGACUUGGUCUGCAUUGUCCAACCUAUCACAACCCUGCUGACUUCAUCAUUGAGGUGGCUUCUGGUGAAUAUGGAGAUUUGAACCCUGUGCUCUUUAAGGCUGUGCAGGAUGGAAUGUGCACAAUGGCGGAAAAGAAGAACUCAACCAAUGGCAGCGAUCCACCAGGCUGGCCCAGCCAGAGCCUUGCGGACUCGGGCCCAAUUGAGAGCCGCACUUUUGCUAUAAGCUCCUUUGCACAGUUUUGUAUCCUUUUCAGAAGAACGUUCAUUUCCAUAUUGAGGGAUGCGGUUCUGACCCAUCUGCGUUUCAUCUCGCAUAUUUGUAUUGGAGUCCUGAUUGGUCUGCUGUACCUCAACAUCGGUGACGAGGCAGAGAAAGUAUUUAACAACACAGGAUGCCUCUUCUUCUCCAUGCUCUUCCUCAUGUUUGCUGCUCUGAUGCCAACUGUACUGACAUUCCCUCUUGAGAUGUCCAUUUUCUUGAGGGAGCACCUCAACUACUGGUACAGUCUGAAAGCCUACUACUUAGCCAAGACAAUGGCGGAUGUUCCAUUCCAAGUGAUCUGUCCAAUUGUGUACUGCAGCAUUGUGUACUGGAUGACGGCACAGCCUCCUGAGGCUUCACGGUUCCUCUUAUUUGCAGCGCUUGCCACAGCGACUGCACUGGUGGCCCAGUCACUUGGACUGCUGAUCGGCGCUGCAUCCACAUCUUUGCAGAUUGCCACGUUUGUGGGUCCCGUCACUGCUAUUCCCGUGCUCCUGUUUUCUGGAUUCUUUGUUAGCUUUGAUACCAUCCCCACAUACCUGCAGUGGAGUUCCUAUGUCUCUUAUGUCAGAUAUGGCUUCGAAGGUGUCAUCUUGUCAAUAUAUGGGCUGGAGAGAAAAAAUCUGACCUGCAAUACUGAAUUUUGUCCUUAUAAGGAACCAAAGAAAAUUCUUCAAGAGUUGGAUGUGCAAGACUCAAAGCUUUACAUGGAUUUCAUUAUCCUGGGUAUUUUUUUUGUUAUUUUGCGUUUGAUGGCCUAUCUUGUCCUGCGUUACAAAGUCAAAUCUGAAAGAUAGAAAGGAAAUAACAUACAGGUUGAUGUUUUGCGGCAUUUAGUCCUGCUAUUUGUGAACUGGAUCUAUUCUCGUGAGGUUUCGGAGCUGAACCCCCGUGUUAAGAUUGGGAACAGCUAAGCCACAAAGCCUGAAUGGUAUUCUCUAAAAAGAAUUUUCAAACAUCAAGAUGGCUUUUGACAGGCCUUUUGGUUUUUCAAUUUUUAUUUUUUGCCUCUCCAGAUUUUUUCCUGAUUUUUUUUUUAAUUCUCACCCCACGUGGAAGAUAGUUUGUCAAAGAAAACAACCUGUAUAAUGAAGCAACUCUACUUUGGUGUUCUACACAAUGAGAAUCUCAGAAUGAUGCACCAACAACUGUUGAAGAAGCUCCAUUUGUGAAUUGUUAGAUCGAUGUUACACUGAAGUGUAUUUUUUUUAAGAUACAAAACAGAACUUUAACUUUAGAACCAGAUUAUUAACAAGCACAGUUUUUGUAGGGCAAUGUACGCUUUAAUCUGUCAUCUUGUGCAUGUUUGCUUAUAGCACGUUUUGUCAAAUUAUACUAACUGUAAGUUUAAAUAAGGA